AUGGACCUCCAGCUGGCCGCUUGGAAGCUACCGAUUGAUGAUGCUGAGACGAAGUUUGAGUUAGUUAUUACUUUCCCACCUACACAAAAGUUUCAAAAAUCGGAAGUUGUGAAUUCUACUAGAAACUUUCGAGACCUUUUCAGUGAUUACUUUUGUUUAGGGAGAGAUAGAACGCCAUUAAACGCCAACAACAUGAACACUGCCGAGGAGGACUGCAUUAGUAUGUCAAACAUUUCCAACCAGAAUCCGGACAAUGAGCGGGAUCAGGAGUUGCAAUCCCCAACAAACCAGACUUCAGUGCCACAGACAGGGGCAGGCAAGCGCAAGGAUACUCCCAUUCGGGUGCGGGACAUGAUCAAUCUGUACAACUUCGCCACGCAGAAGAACCAGGAACUGGAGCACGCCAAGUCCAUUUACUUUGGCUCCUUGCCAAAGUCUGAGGAUGAUGUGGCACCCGAGAUAGAAGGGGGCAGCAGCUUCUGCAAUAUGUCGAUGUCGGAGGAUAAGCAGAACUUGGGUCCAGGCAACUUUCGCGUAACCACCACUGAGUCCUCGCUGUUCGAUGAGAGUCCGGCUGCAAAAACUACUGUAGAAAAGUCCUACCAAAGCAAGACCACCAUUAGACGCACAGAGCAAGGCGUGCGCAUUAUUAUUGAUAUUUUCUUUGAUAAGAAGGAUAGCGAGAUAGACAUUGUGGGCAGCCGCGUGGAGACGGAGAUUCCCGAGAGCCAAAUCCUGUCCGAUUUUCAGCAGAAUUCUCUGGGCAGGAAGAACGAAGAUCAGAAGCCGAGUAUCCAGGACGAGCCAAGUGCCGACUCCACUUAGGCUGACCUCAGAUGAUAGCCAGUAUAGCCAGGGGAUAACUAACUAAAUUCCAGGUUACAACGUCCUCGCAACGUUUUAUAUGUUUUUUCUUUAUUUUUGACAGGCAACACACAAACUACGACAAUAAUAAACCAUCGAUUGACUAUCGA